CUCUACAGACAUGUCGUACACUAGCUGAAGUCAACCUGCAAUUUGGCUCAACAUUUGAGCCAAAACAAUUCACAAUCGACAGGGUUUUGUUGCAGAAAUAAUACACUAUAUUUUCCCCGUGGACUGAGCACGAAUUUGUAACCCUGGAUGGGAUUUUAGAUUUUUCUUCUCACUAAUGAACUGAGCUAGUAAUGCAGGAGACAGCGACUCUGUCAGUGGCUCAAGAUGGCAGAUUUUUACUGAGUUCUGAACAGAUAUCUCGCUUUAUUUUUUGCCAUGAAUAACAGAAGUCCUUGCACCGAUGGCCCCUGUAUACGAAGGUAUGGCCUCGCAAGUGCAAGUCUUGUCCCCUCACACUCUCCAGUCAAGUGCCUUCUUUAGCGUGAAGAAGCUGAAGGUGGAGCAGAGUUCAUACUGGGAUAUGACAGGGUACGGCACACACAGCAAAGUCGUCUACAGUCAGAACAGCAAGCAGCAAGUGUCGCACGCCACCCCUCUUGGCAUCAACUCCUCUCUGCCCUACGAGCAGCCAGCGCUCAUCUUCCCGUCUAGCGCGGGGCACAUCGUGGUCGCCUCGGCCAGCAGUACCUCGGGCACCGCAGGGCCUCUGGGGCCUCUGUUGGGCUUGGCCAGUAGCAGUAGCGGCAGUGGAGGCGGAAGCGGAGGAGGAAGUGGUGGAGCCAUCCACAACCUGACCCGUCGCAGCACCGUCAGUCUGCUGGACACCUACCAGCGAUGCGGGCUUAAGCGCAAGAGUGAGGAGCUUGACAACAGCAACAGCAGCGUGACGAUCAUCGAGGAGCACGGCAGCGGCACAACGAUGAUCCAGAACGCAGCCAGCGGGGCCGCUGUGGCCAUCGCCACGGCAACGGCCACAUCGACAGCCACCUCCAAGAACAGUGGUUCCAACAAUGAAGGGGACUACCAGUUGGUGCAGCACGAGGUGGUCUGCUCCAUGACCAACACCUACGAGGUGCUAGAGUUCUUGGGCAGAGGCACCUUCGGCCAGGUGGUCAAGUGCUGGAAGAGGGGCACCAACGAGAUUGUUGCCAUCAAGAUCUUGAAGAACCACCCGUCAUACGCACGCCAGGGCCAGAUCGAGGUGAGCAUCCUGGCCCGGUUGAGCACGGAGAGUGCAGACGACUACAACUUUGUGCGUGCCUACGAGUGCUUCCAGCACAAAAACCACACGUGCCUGGUGUUCGAGAUGCUGGAGCAGAACCUGUACGACUUCCUCAAGCAGAACAAAUUCAGUCCACUGCCGUUGAAGUACAUCAGACCGGUCUUGCAGCAGGUGGCCACGGCCCUGAUGAAGCUCAAGAGCCUGGGCCUGAUUCACGCUGACCUGAAGCCGGAGAACAUCAUGUUGGUGGACCCCUCCAGGCAGCCGUACCGCGUCAAGGUCAUCGACUUUGGCUCGGCCAGCCACGUGUCCAAAGCUGUGUGCUCCACCUACCUGCAGUCCAGAUACUACAGAGCUCCAGAGAUCAUCCUGGGCCUGCCAUUCUGUGAGGCCAUCGACAUGUGGUCCCUGGGCUGUGUCAUCGCUGAGCUCUUCCUGGGCUGGCCCCUCUACCCAGGGGCCUCCGAGUACGACCAGAUCCGGUACAUCUCUCAGACACAGGGGCUGCCUGCAGAGUUCCUCCUGAGUGCAGGGACUAAGACUACUAGGUUCUUCAACCGAGUCACAGACUCUACCAACUACCCCCUGUGGAGACUGAAGACACCCGAGGACCAUGAAGGAGAGACAGCGAUCAAGUCGAAGGAGGCCCGGAAGUACAUCUUCAACUGCCUGGACGAUAUGGCGCAGGUGAAUAUGACGACAGAUCUGGAGGGUAGUGACAUGCUCGCGGAGAAGGCAGACAGGAGAGAGUUCAUCGACUUGUUGACCAAGAUGCUGACAAUCGACGCGGACAAAAGGAUCACCCCCAUCGAGACCCUCAAUCAUCCCUUCGUAACCAUGACUCACCUCCUCCCACACAGCACACAUGUCAAGUCCUGCUUCCAGAACAUGGACAUCUGUAAGCGUCGUGUGGGCAUGUACGACACGGUCAACCAGAGCAAGACCCCCUUCAUCACCCACGUGGCCCCCAGCACCUCUACCAACCUCACCAUGACCUUCAACAACCAGCUCAACACUGUGCACAGCCAGGCCACCAACCUAGCUCCCUCCACCACCAGUGCCACCCUUUCCCUUGCCAACCCCGAAGUCUCCAUACUAAACUACCCAUCUGCACUCUACCAGCCGUCCGCGGCCUCCAUGGCUGCCGUGGCACAAAGGAGCAUGCCCCUGCAGCCCGGGGCCCCUCAACUCUGUCCUGCCCGGCCUGACCCCUUCCAGCAGGCCCUCAUCGUCUGUCCACCAGGCUUCCAAGGGCUGCAGGCUUCCCCGUCCAAGCACACAGGCUACUCUGUGCGGAUGGAGAGCGCCGUUCCUAUAGUGACGCAGGCCCCCGGCGCUCAGCCGCUGCAGAUCCAGCCAGGCCUGUUGACACAGCAGGCCUGGCCCAGUGGCACCCAGCAGAUACUCCUACCCCCGGCCUGGCAGCAGCUUACCCACACCUCGGUCCAGCACGCCUCCGUCAUCCCAGACUCCAUGAUGGCCUCACAGCCCCUGGCUAAUUGGAGGAAUUCUCACCAGCACAGCGGCCAUUACAAUCCCAUCAUGCAACAGCCGGCGCUGCUGACUGGCCACGUCACCCUACCAUCCAACCAGAAUCAGCCUCUCAAUGUGGGCGUGGCCCAUGUGAUGAGGCAACCGUUGACCAAUAACAACAACUCUUCUUCCAAAAAGACCAAGCAGCAUCAGAUGACUGCCAGGAACGUGUCUGCAUACGAGGUGUCCUCCUCCCAGGCGGUACUGUCCCCACAGCGCUCCAAGCGGGUGAAGGAGAACACCCCUCCACGCUGUGCUGUGCUCCAGAACCACGCCCCCUCCUCCAGCUCCGGCUGUGGACCCCCACAGGGUUGUGGCGGGUGGGGAGCGGGCGAAGCAGAGCAGGCUUCCAGCACCACCCAGGACCACCACCAGCACCACAACAGGCCGCGUCAGACCAUCAUCAUCCCUGAUACACCCAGCCCGGCUGUCAGUAUAAUCACCAUCAGCAGUGACACGGACGAGGAGGAUGAUCACAAGCAGAGCAACACCAACCAUACCAGCUUGUCCAAGCAUAGGAAGAACGUCAUCAGCUGUGUGACGGUACACGACUCCCCCGACUCGGACCUGUCCAGUAACAACAGUCCCUAUGCCGUAGAGUCCAGGCUGGCCAACAACAACGGCUACCAUGACUCCAAGACCACCUUGCUGGACAACUACAGCAAUGGCAACAACCCCCGCACCAUCAUCAUCCCCCCUCUGAAGAGCCAGUCCAGCGAGGUGCUGAGCGAGUGUGAGCGCCUGAUGCCAGGUAUCUACACAGAUAUCUACACAGAUGCAAUGAAUCAUCAGAAUUCGGCGUAUAAGUUCAAAACCUCCAACGGCGUGGGCAUGAUGUCUGGCAACAACCACCUGUCUGGGGGCGUGGCUUACCGACAGCAGCGCUCGGGGCCACACCCCUUCCAGCAGCAGCAGCCUCUCAAUCUCAGCCAGGCCCAGCAGCACAUGGUAGCUGAGAGGAACGGAGGCCACCGGCGCCAGCAGGCUUACAUCACCCCAACCAUUGCAGCCCAGGCCCCCUACUCCUUCCAGCACCACAACAGCCCCUCUCACACUGCCAACGUGCACACCCACCUGGCUGCCACCCACCUGUCUGCCACCCACCUGGCUGCCACCCACCUGCCCGGCCAGCCUCACCUCUACACCUACACUGCCGCGCCCGUCGCCCUGGGCUCCACAGGCACUGUGGCCCACCUGGUGGCAACUCAGGGCUCGGCCCGCCACACGGUCCAACACGCCACAUACCACACACCGGGCAUCGUCCACCAGGUGCCUGUCAGCAUGGGGCACGGCGUGCUGCCCUCGCCCACCCUCCACCACAGCCAGUACCAGGCCCAGUUUACCCACCAGACGUACAUCAGCGCCUCGCCUGCCUCCACUGUCUACACUGGAUACCCACUGAGCCCCACCAAGCAAGGUCUUCGUGACAGGCGUUUGAGAGAGAUGGAGGGUUUCUGUUCUUCUAACACGGCUUUUUGUUUUGUUUUCUUCUCUUGAAUUGGGGGUCCCUCUCUGGAUGUUGGAAUUCCCAAUGUGAGAAUUCCCAUGAGGAUUUGGGAAUGAAGGUGAAAUACGGAAACCUGCUGCUCUUCAAAGAAUUUUAAAAAAUAACGAUGGCCUUGAACUGUCUUAAACAUUUCCAAAUCAUUCAAGGUGUGGGAGAGAGAACAAAGCACCCCUCCUUCUCCAACAGACAACCGGAGUCAGGAAUCUUCUGGAAAUAUAACCAACGAAAGACAAAAAAAACAUUCUAAUGUAUUUAUAGCUAUUUUCCCUUCAUUUUUUCGUUCUCACCUUUUUGAGGAGACUUAUGUUAUAGGUAUAGGAGUCAUAGCCGGGCCCUGUUUUUAGAAUGUAGCAGUCUGCACCCAGAUUCUUUUAUCAAGAGCUUUUUCUGAUACCAAUAGAAUUGAUUUGUUUCUCUUUUUUCAAUGUGAUUGCACAAAGUGGUUAUAAUAACAUAGGCAUGUACAACGUGAUUAUCUGUGUGUGCGUGUGCUACUGUCAGCCAUGUGUGUGUAGUCCACCUCCUCUUGCACCUUUGUGCUAUAAUUCUCUGAAUCCUCCGCAGUCUUAGGUUUGACCAUUGUUCCCUUGUAGUGCCUUACAGAUAUAACGACACAGUUUAUGUCGCUGGAACCUUGAGAACUAACAGACUAGCUGGAACUGGUUCCUUGGUUUGACAUGUUAUUGUCGGGGCAGUUUUGAUUUCUCUUCCAGGUGUAGGCUUAGCCCCUAGCUCUGUUUCCUAUCCUUAUGACAGUAUACUACAGAGUUCAGAGGUCAGAGUUCAUAUUUGCCUGACCUUUGGCUUUUUUGUUAAGUGUGCAUGAGUUUAACUUGCUUAGGGUACUGAACCAAAGUCGUUAGAUCAAUCCUCGUUACGUUGUGUGCUGGAUAUUAAUGUUAAUAUGUGUACAGUAUAAGCCUUUGUCACCGUGAUAUCCAUACAUACCAUGGCUUAAGUUUGAGAUGUGUUACUUUGUUUUUAUAUCACACAAGGAAUUGGUUCAGAGGAAUGAUAGAACAGAGAAGUAUUAGCACAAGGAUCCAUUUUGGGGUAAUGGAAAAUGCAGAAAUACAAGAAUGUGACUGUCAAAAACAUGUAUGUGAUGAGUUCAACAUAGGGUGACAGAGUCCAGAGUUCGACAAAAAAUAGCAAAGGCCUGAUGGGAAGUUGUGGUUGCUAUGGCUGAGAUCCUGAGAAGGCCAGUGAGAGAGAGUCUGGUUGGUUGCAGUGGGGAAGCAGAGUAUUGAGGGCUGGUGAGAGGGGUUGCUGGGUAGGAGUCAGACCUGGACUCAAAUAAUAUUUGAAAAUUUUCAAAUACUUUGAACAUUUGUUUUAGCCUGCCUGGAUUGCCAGAUGGGCUAUGUUUGCAGUUUAGCAAGCAUUACUUCCAUUGUGCCAGGCAAACUCAGUCAAGCCCAGCUAAAGUGUUUGAAAUGAUUUCUAAUAGUAUUUAAACCCAGAUCUGAGUAAGUGAGCGGCUACUAGAAAGAUUUGGGUUGGGAUGGGUAGGAACUGAGGAUGGCAGAGUGGUAGGGUGGCAUUCCUCAUGUUAAUUGGACUAAAAGAAUAGCAUGUUGGCACUGAGCAGGUUGGUAGGAACAGUGGGUAGGAGUUACAGGGGCUACGUGAAUGCACACCUAACUCAAGAUACAAGUUGUUGUGUUGUUGUUGUUGUCUUGCAAAGAUAAAUGGAAGUGAUUUAGUCUUUUCUGCUCUGAGGGUUGUGUAGCACCUCUCAGCAGAGAGGGAGAGACUGGAACGGAACAGAAAUGCUACAGUGUACACCUGGAAGGUCUUCCUGUGAAAUGGGCUUCAUUUGUUAACACUAUCUCUGUUUUGUCUUUGGAAUGUGUUCACAGACACCACACCACCAGAAAGGGAUACCAGAUAUGUAGUAAGAGAACUGAUUGGCCUAUUGCUUCUAUGUGUUUGCUACUUAAUUUAACAUUUGUUUUAUUUGUCUUAGCCAAUGAUAUAUGAAUAAUCUCUCUGUUAUAUGUUAUACUGUCCUCAUUAAGUGGGCACAUCAGAACUGCUUGUGGUUUUAGGAAGAGCCUUCCCCCUUAUCCCUUCAUAUCAUGCCAUAGUACUUGCAUUUGAAGUGAUUGUUUUAUUUUUAUGUCACUAUUGAACUUUUGAAAUGGCUGUAGGUACAGUAUAUAUUGUGUUAUUUUACAGAUAGUUGCAAUCAAGUGUUUUGAUGAUUUGUUAUUAGGCUCAUUUCUAUUUUGAUUUGUAACUGGGAGUUGCUGUACGUUGAUGUUAAGUAUUCCUAGGAGGGUGUGUAUACCUGUGUACAGUGUUCAGACACCGGUGACAAUAAUAAGGUUGUAAAGUUGAUGAUAAUCCAUUGGGGCCCUUAUAGGUACUGUAGGUAAUUUAGGCUUGAGUGUGUCAGACCCAGGUUUGCUCCUCAAACCAAACCUAAAACAACAACAUCUUGGUACUUCACCAAUAUGCCACCGUGCUCCCUCCAACCGGCUCCACCAUGCAAGCCUUGGGUUCCUGGCAGUCAAAGAUGUGGUGUAGAGAUACCGUGCAGUAGGUAUACAUUGCUGGUUACAUCAUUUUCUUUCUGUUCCGUGUUGUACCUUUGUUUGUACGUUUUUGUUCAUUUCCUUAAGGCCUGUGGGCCUAAGCACACACAUAAGAGAGAUGCUUUUACACACGAGAGUUUGGCGCCUCCAUAAAGAGGAAGACUACUGAAACAUUCCACUGCAGAGAGAAUCCGACAUCCAUACUGCACACCCAACAGCCCCUAUAGCUCUCUGCUCACUUGUCAUUUGGGGACUUUUCUUUUUUCCCACCAAAGAAAUUCAACAUGUUGAUGAUGUACAGUACAAACACAAACAAUCCCCAAUGUGGUCUGGCAAUAACGUCUGCAUUAAAGGUACAUGUUUAGACCAGAAGUUAUUGCCAGACCACAUUGGGGAUUGUUUGUGUUUGUACUGUACAUCAACAUGUUGAAUUUCUUUGGUGGGGGAAAAAAAGUCCACAAAUGACAAGUGAGAUGUGCACAUAUAGUACUGUAGAAAUACAUACAGUAUGUGCACAUAUAGUACUGUAGAAAUACAUACAGUAUGUGCACAACACACACAUAUGAGUGAUUAGAGUUGCCACAAUAUCUGUUUAUGGUUGAGCUAUUUUGAAGGAGUUUACUGUCAUUUGCAGUCCACCAUUCUCAAACAUCUAUGAUUUGAACAAUGUAUUAUUUGAUAUCUGUCACUUGUUGCCCCCUAAAUGUAAAAAUGGAAUCCUCUAACUUCUUCGAAUUGUUUUAUAUAAGUGUUUUUUACGUUGUUAAAGUUGUAUUUUAGCUUUAUUAAUGUUGUAAGCAAAUGAAUUUUUUAAAAACAAAAACAUGUUAUAAGUUAAUGUGCCAUGGAAUGACCUAUAGAGUGAAAUGAAUAAAAAAAAAAAUACCAAUAAUACCUUUAAAAUAAUGGUCACUAGCACAAAAUGAAUGUAAUAUGUGACCUGCUUCAUCUGAAAUGCUUUAAAUAUUUCUGCUUGAGUGACCAUUAGUUAAAGUAAAGAUUUGAUUUCUACAUUAUUUGUUGCCAUGCAAGAUGCAAUAAGUCUGUGAUUCCAGCAAAAACAACUUGACUCAGCAUAAAUUCAUUUGAAAAAGUCAACAUUUUUAUUCCGAUAUGGGGUUUUCAAAUAUGAUAUAUUCGAUUUCAUUCUAUUUUUUUUCAUGUAUAAUCUAAAUUUAGCAAAUUACGAGAAGCCCUUUGAAUCUUACACUCAAUUUUUUUUCAACGGACUUGCUAUAUUUUGAAUGAGAACAUGUAUUUGAAUGUGUAAAAUAUGUUAGUAUCAUACUACUUUGUUUAACAUGCGUUAUGUGUUUUUAUUAAGGAAAAUAUUAAUCAGAAAUGUGAGCAUCAACAUAGAUCCAGUGACCUUACAAUUACCAAAAUGUGCUUCUUUAGAGUGUCAAGAAAUUCUUGUGGUAAUGAAGUUGCUUUACUUUUAAACAUUGUCUCUCCUCUGCUACUGUAGCCAUUUCAAUGUUAGAAUACUGCCUUCCAAAUAACUUAACGAUAUCAUCAGAGCUUUAAGAUGUGGUUUCAAUGAAAGAGAGCUGUGUAAAGCGGCCUCUUUGUGAAGCCUGGUAUUUUUACAGCUUUGUUCUUGAAAUACUCUUGCUACACAAGAAGUGCUCAGCUUCCAACUUUUCCCACAGUGUGUUUGCGAGUACUCUUCCUGGAGCUUUGUUUGAAAUAUUGCGAAACAUUCCUGAAGGCAUGGCACACAUUUCCAGUUAGUCUUCUCAGGCCAAACCCAUCUGAAGUGACUUGAAUCAUUUUAACACCUUACUAGACGAGAAUAAUAAUCUUACAACCGCUACACUCCUUUGAAACAUUUUGCAAUCAUUUCAUUAGAGCUUUGCAUAGCACAUUCUCCCAAAGAAGCAGGGAGGUGGGAAAAGUACUUAUUUUAGGAUGAUUUAGGUUAUAUACACAAUAGAAACUCCAUAAACCAGUAACAACACAUUCUUAAAGCCCUUCUGUAUGAGAGUUGGUCUGUAUGUGUUUGUGUGUUUGUCAAGGGAAUCACCUCCUUCAUUGUUUUUUUCUUUGGGGAUUCAGGCUGAAUUGGUGAAGGGUUUGAUGCUGUCUGUAAUGGAAUAGGUCAAGUGUUAUCAUUUGGCCAGUUUUUGUACACAUGUACUUGAGAACCAAAAUGUAUUCUAUUUAUAAAAAAAAUAUUCUCAACUCUUGCUAAAGACAUGUUAGAGGUCUCUUUUGAUUAUAGACUAACAGUUUGAAACAAUUUGGUUUAGAAAGUUUAUUCUUUAGCUAGUUCUUUCCAGCUCAAAUUGGAAAUAAGCAUUGUAGUAAAGUCCUUCAGAGGAUGGGUUCUUGCCUAAUGAAUUCCCAUAUAUAAAGCCCAACACAAACCUUAUUUCUCCACAGUUGACAGCGGUACAAGAGAUGAGACGUAGCAGUAAAGCGCUGUAACUGUCACACUGUAGCCAUUUUGCAGUCAUCUUGAUCGUGAUUUCGAUUUUGUACUUGCACAACAGCAUUCACAAUGAAAUGGGUACAAAGUCUCAAGACCUAAAAAGCAUCAGACCCUGACCCUGUUGUGUGUCCAUUGCUAUAUGGUUUGUUAAUGAUGUUCAAAUCUCAUAAGUUGUCGUUCAGGCUAUUGUAUGCUGCAGUAUUUCCUAGUAUACUUCUUUGUUAAUUGUCUCUCAUUUAUGUUUAUCAGGGAUUUUUUGAGAAGUGUUUGUUGACUCCUUGUUUCAAUCUGUUCAUGUAUCGUGUUCUUUAGACUAAUAUUACUGAGUAUGUUAUGAGAAUGGAUAUUUUACUGGCUUUAUAGAAUGUUUAAAUAUAAUAAUGAAGAAUGAUUAAUUAAACUCCUAACAAGUUGAGUAAUUGGCUAUUAAGCGCUUGUGUUACCAUUUAAGAUGUUGUGUGCUUCUCUUAAUCAUUUUCGUUGUAGAAAAAUUGAGUGAAUUUAUAAUAGGCUUCGAAAAACUAAUGAUAGCAUUGUACAUUUACAGGAGGAUUUUAACCGACAACUUUGUCAUAGAAAAAAAAAAGUGAUUUUAAUUGUCCUCUUUACUAACUGUAGGGUGAGAAGGGGCUGGCGUUGUGGUGAACUAUGUUCUAGCUUGUUAUUCACUGUCACUUUUGAUCAUUUCUUCGGUCUCCGAGGUGAAUCGAGUUAUUCAUGAGAAUUUGUAUGCUCACAUAUGCAUAUUGUAUAUGUGUAGAAAUGUAAUCACACUUUGUCUUGGAUUUACAUUAAACUGUUAAGUCACGGCACCAGUC